AUUUGGUAUUCUACCCAGUUCGUAGAGUUUGAUGCUGGUACAUGGGUGCAGCACGACAGGGUGUUUCAAUGUUGAUAAAAGGAAAAAGAAAACAGAACAAUGUCGAAACAAAAUUAAAUGUUCUAUACAUGACUGUUUAAUCAUGCCAUGUACAAAAGAAGCCUUGGAACUGUCUGAAUCUCAAAGUAGCCAUAUUGUGGAUCAUUCUGAAGGUGGACAUAGUCAGCACAAAAUCGAAGAAAACCUUAUAAUCCCACUUUCUACAGUUAAUAGAGUGAUUUGCAAUUCACCAGGGAGGUCUACAUCACCUCGCCCAGAUCAAUCAGGGCCCUCGAGCAGGACCCUUCACUUUGUUAAGAGAAUUGUGGAGGAUAAUCUUCAUUGCAAGGCCUCUGACAUAGCAGAACAAGUUGAUGUCAGUCCUAGAACAGCUGUCAUGUAUCUCCACAAACUUGGUUACGAUGGCAGAGCAGCAAGAAGGAAGCCAUUUCUUCAGCCAGCCAAUAUCAAGCAGAGAAAAGAUUGGGCCAGUGAGAUGGUGGAGAGGCCACUAGCAUUUUGGGACACUGUCAUAUUUUCUGAUGUGUCCAGAUUUGCUUUAUUUUCUGACAGUGGUCAAGUGUGGGUCUGGAGACUGUCAUCAAGAAUUUGACGUGAAAAGACUGCAACCAACAAUGAAACAUGGCAGCUAUUCUGUGAUGGUCGGGGUGGAGGAGCAAUUUUAAGCAAUGGUUGAUCAGAGGUGAUGGAGUAUAAGAGAAACAUAAACUCAGAUAAAUAUGUAUCCAUAUUACAGAAAGGACUCCUUCCAAUCUUCUCCAGUGGUAAAAUGAUUAAAGAAGACUCUUUAUUUAUGCAAGAUGUCACAUGGCUGAAAUUUGUUGGAUGAGAAUGGCAUUAAAAAGCUUCCAUGGCCAAACCAGUCACCAGAUAUGAACCAUAUUGAACACCUCUGGGACAUAAUGUACAGGACACUUCAUAAAAAGAACAGGAAAGCAUCUUCAAAGCCGGAUCUUUUAAGAUUAUUGCGUGAAACUUGGCCAGAAAUUCUGCAGAAGAAUAUUCAUCAUCUAAUCAGUAACAUACCUAAUAGGGUCCUUGCCUUGAAAAAUGCAAAGGGGGCAUAUCUAAAAAGAAAUUA